AUGAGUGAAACUCACCACAUCGACUCAGACAUGCCUGCGCGAAAGGUCUUCGAACUCCUUGGCGCCGUGGUUGCAGACGGUUGUGCAGCUCGACUCGGACGACUAUCCAUACCAGGUAGAAAGACGAUUGACACCCCAAACUACACUGCUGUCACUUCUCGAGGCGCCAUACCUCAUCUCACUCCCGACAAUGUCACCCGUCAUACAAACUUAGGCGCAGCCUACAUGGCACUGGAAGAUUUUGUCGAGCGUAAAGAACCCCCAAUCUACAAUACCCCUGAGCACAACACACUCCGCCGUUUACACAAUUUCACUGCCCUGUCACCAGACAGAACCACCAUCUUGGGCGCAAGAAGAUGUCCCGCCGUCGUAACUCCCAUGGGGAACGGCGCAAAAGCCGUCACGCUCUUCACCUCAACUGGCUUCGCAAGCGUCAACGUAUCCCAAUAUGUCGCCGCAGUCACGAGCCUCCAACCAGAUAUCGUUGUUCCGCUGGCAGAUUCACUCCACACAAGCACGACCCCAGCGUCCAAGAAACUCAUCAAAAUGGUGGAGCGGACGGAGGAAUGGGUUGACGACUUUCUGCGGCAGUUUGAAAGCAGAAAACACCUGGACGAACUUGGCAUUUCUGUCUUUGCACCCGUCCUUCCAGUCGAAUUGCCAAUUCAGUGGGAUUACCUGAGACACCUCGCAGAAGAUAUCACCGAUGAUCUGUCAGGCUUGGCCGUGUACGACGUCAAUAUUCUGCCAGAACUCAAACCAUACAAACCCCUCGCCGGACUGCCGAAGAUUUCUUUUGACCAACCCAGGUCACCGCACGAGGUUUUACGCCAAAUAUCUCUUGGGGUGGAUAUCUGCGCAGUCCCAUUUGUGAAUAGCGUCUCUGAUGCUGGAGUAGCACUCACAUUUAGCUUCCCGGCCCCAGAGUUUCAAACACCAGAGCCGAUGGGCAUCAACAUGUGGUCUGAGGAGCACAGCGUCGCAGUGGUACCGCUCCAAGAAGGAUGCGAGUGCUACGCCUGUACUCACCACCACAGAGCGUAUCUGCGGCAUCUACUCAAUGCGAAGGAGAUGUUGGGGUGGAAUUUGCUGCAGAUUCAUAAUCAUCAUGUCAUUGAUGUAUUUUUCCAAGGUAUUCGAGCAGAAUUGAAGAAGGGAUUGGAUAACUUUGAAGAACAGAGAAAGAAGUUUUUGGCAGCAUAUGAGCCUGAGUUGCCAGAGGGCACGGGUGAACGGCCGAGAGCACGUGGAUAUCAUUUUAAGAGCGAGGCCGGGCAGGAGAAGAUGAAUAAAUCUACUUGGAUAGAUAUGGACCGUAAGCCAAAUGGGCAGGCUGUAGAGAGUAUGGAGGUAGAGAGCAUAUAG